AUGUUUGUUGAUGCAAAAACUGUGCGGAAGAUUAAGACAAAGGAAGGCAGCAGGAGACUACAAGAUGACCUGGACAAACUGAAUAGUCUAAGAAGUGGCUACUCGAGUUUAACUCAAGUGCAACAUAAUGGCACUUGGGAAAGCGAGCGGAAAGCCGGACAAAAAGCUACUAGAGGGAAGAUCAAAUCCGCCAGGAAACGGGUGACCCACGAGGUGUUCCUGUCUAAGGUGACCCACGAGGUGUUCCUGUCUAAGGUGACCCACGAGGUGUUCCUGUCUAAGGUGACCCACGAGGUGUUCCUGUCUAAGGUGACCCACGAGGUGUUCCUGUCUAAGGUGACCCACGAGGUGUUCUUGUCUAAGGUGACCCACGAGGUGUUCCUGUCUAAGGUGACCCACGAGGUGUUCCUGUCUAAGGUGACCCACGAGGUGUUCCUGUCUAAGUGCUUGCAUUAUUGUGCAUCUAGUGCUAAGUGCUUGCAUUAUCGCUUCUUGAAUCUGGCCCCAGGCUUCGAAUCCCUGGAAACUGAAAUUACGUUUAGGGCCGUCAAUAGAAAUUAUACAUACGUAUGCCAAACAGAAAGUGGGAACACGUUAAUAGAAAACGGAAACACAAGCUAUACAGAAAACGGGAACAAGGCCAAUACAGAAAACGGGAACCUGGCCUAUACAGAAAACGGGAACAAGGCCAAUUCAGAAAACGGGAACAAGGCCAAUACAGAAAACGAGAACAAAGGCAAUAAAGAAAACGGGAACAAGGCCAAUACAGAAAACGGGAACAAGAAUAAUACAGAAAACGGGAACAAGAAUACAGAAAACGGGAACAAGAACAAUACAGAAAACGGGAACAAGGCCAAUACAGAAAACAAGACCAAUACAGAAAACGGGAAAACGGGAACACGGGCAAUACAGAAAACGGGAACACGGACAAGCAAUCAGCCGGCCGAAUGCAAACACAAACCAUUAGCAUAA